UAAUACGAAUAAUUGAGUCAUUAUUAUAGAUGCACAAUUUUAUUUGGAACGCCGACUGUAUUCGUUGACAUUAUGUCCGUUUUCGAAAACCUUUCGCCAACUCUACAAGACAACGAUUUGAAGUUCGGAUUAUCCGGUGGUGCCACGUGUUCUCCGAUCUUGAUGACCAAGUUCAAUAACAUGUUUCCACGCGCGAAAAUAUUGUCUUUGUUCGGAAUGACGGAAACCAGUCCCUGUUCUUUUCAAAGUUUUACAGACGAUUCAGAUGAACGAGUAAAGUCGACGAUGGGUUUCAUACAAGAUCACGUGGAAGCGAAAGUGGUCGAUACAAAUGGCAAUAUGGUACCAUUCGGAGCUCCCGGGGAAUUGUUAAUUCGUGGGUAUCUUGUCAUGAAUGGUUACUUUAACGACGAAGAGAAGACAAAGGAAACAAUUGAUUCGAACGGGUGGCUACACACAGGAGACCAAUUUGUUUUGUACGAAGACGGAUAUGGCAAUCACGUUGGCAGAUUAAAAGAAAUGAUUAUCCGCGGUGGUGAAAACUUAUUUCCCAAAGAGAUAGAAUACUUCUUGGAGUCUCAUCCAUCGAUUUCGCAAGUUCAAGUCUACGGAAUACCCGACGACCGGAUGGGUGAAGAAGUGUGUGCCAGCGUCAUCGUCAAAGAAGGGGCCGCGGUCACCGAAGCCGACAUAAAAGCGUACAGCAAAGGAAAGAUCUCCCAUUUUAAGAUCCCCAAGUACAUAUUCAUCGAAAAGGAUGGGUUCCCGAUGACGGCAACGGGCAAAGUCCAGAAGAACAGAUUAAGUGAAAUAGCGAUGCAACGGAUUUCGAGCCUUACCUAAUAUAGUUUUAUUUAUUUAUUUAUUUUAUUAUACAAUAGAGAACAUCGAACAUGCUCCCUCCCCCAGCAAAUAAUAAUACACAAGUCAGCUGCAGUGUAUUAUUUCCAUAGGCAUUUGAAUCCAUCCUCUUUAUGCGUUACCGCACUGUGAUUGUUAAUUUUUUUAAACUAUAUUAUUUUAUUUUACCACAAUACAAUAUAAUAUUAUUAUCAUACA